AUGAAGGAGUAUGUAAGCUUACAUGCUGAUGGUAUAACAUGCAGAAGAGAAUAUUUGCUGAAUUACUUUGACAUCAGCAAGGAUGAAAUGAAGCACAAUUGCUGUGAUCUUUGUGCAAAAGCUUGUUCAUGUGGAGAACUUAGUUGUCCUGCAAAUCUUCUACUUGCAGCAACCACUGCAUUUGAUGAAGGUCAAACCAGAACUAGAGAUGUUACAGCUAAAUAAAAGCAAGAACUAACUCAAAAACUUAAUGUAUUAAGAAAGGAACUCAACCUACUAUUCCUCAACCAGCUCUCUACCUUUCGAAUUGAUCAGGUUUUGAGUGGUGCUCAUUCCCUCUUUUCUAUUAAUGACAUUGUUUCACAUGUAGACAUUUGGAAAAGAGAUCAUGCAGUACACAUGUACAAGACACUUGAUGAGGUAUUCAAUGACAUGGAUCCAAUACCUGAUAAUUUUCUACCAAGUCAAAAGGAAAAUGACAAUGAAGAAUCUGAUGAAGAUGAGUGGUAUGACUUAAUGAAUGACACUAAUAAUUAUUUUGCAGAUGUGUCAAUCACCGAUAUGGACAUGUCAUCAUUUGAUUUGAGGAUAUUAUGGAUGUAG